GGACUUGGACCAUUUUUAAAAAACUCGCUCCUAGACUGACCUCAAAUCCCCAACUCCGACAUGCCGUCUGUGGUAUCCGUUCUCGUCAAUCUGCUGGUGUUGGGGGCGGCAGUGGCGUGUCCAGCUCUCGUCACCUACUAUACCCAAGGAAAUGUUCCUGAUCUCGCUACUGUUGCGGUGUUGUGUUUUCUCGCGCUGGGUGUUUUUCGUCUUUUAGGUGUCCCCACGUUGGUUGAGGGUCUUGUAGGGACCAAUGCACAAAUAGACAAGGAGGUUUCUGUAGACGGGGAGAUGGAGAAAGAAGGGGAAGAAGAGGAAUACGAGGAACUGGAAUCGGAUGCUCUCGACGACCAAGACACUACCGCGACUGUUCCGUCCGUGACAGAAGCAGCAGUUUCCGACUCAUCCGAUCCGUAUAUAUCAGCGCUUCCCGCUCUUGAAGCCGAAUUUCUCUCCCUAUGCGACACUACAGAGUCGCCGUCCGGUCCACCAGGUGCCGACAAUGUAGACUGGCACACAACAUUAACACAAAGCUGGGGAAACUACAACAUUGAAAUUCAUAAGCGGGUUGGACAUGAAUUCUUUUUUCGCUACGUUAUGACUCUCGAAGGAACCCCUGAAGAAACAUUUGAUUUAUUGGCGGACAUUAGAAAACGACCGGCAUGGGAUGAGCUAUGCCAAGCGGGUGAUGUCGUGGAGAGAGUUUCCAAUCGUACCAUUGUUCAGUACUUUCGCACACAAGGAAUGUGGCCCACAAAGCCGCGUUACGCGCUCGUCGUCGCUUUUACCAAGCUUCUUCCUAAUAAUCGCUACUUUAAUGUCACACAAUCCAUCGAUUCCCAUCCAAAAUUCACACCUGAUAGCGGCGACGUGUGCAUGCGUGCACGGAUUGCUGGUCAAAUCGUUGAACCGGACCCACAAGGCCGCCCUCGAGUAUGCCGGGUAGUGCAAAUUGUGGAUGGCGACCUGGGCGGAUGGCUCCCAAAGGGGGUUGUGAGCAUGGUGACCCAAAAGGUUAUCCCCGUUGGAAUGAGGAAGGCAAACAAGAUCCUAAGGGCAAUCGAGAAUCAAAAGAUUGUAUCGGAGGCGAUAUCAAUAGCUGAAGCCAAGUCAUCGGUACAAUCUACCCAGCAAAGAGGAAAGGCCGACGCUGUCCAAGACGGAAGCGCAACUGCAGCAGCCCCGGCAGCUAAAAUUGCCGUCGUGUCAACUACCGAAAAAGUGAUCGUCGAACCAGCAAAAGUGAAUGGGACGGUCAAUUCGGUAUCUGGAAACCGAUCUGCAUUGAUACGUCGUUCCGCGUCCGGUCGAGCUUUGAUGGCAAAGCCAAAUGCUCUGCGUGCUGUAUUGAAUAUUUUGCGGUGGUCCCAACCUUGGGUCAUUAUCUCGGUGCUAUUGGCUCUUGUAACUGGACGUUUCAAGCGAUGAACACAAUAAAAAAGGAUAUCUGCAUGGGGGUUGCUGCAUCAAGUCUGGACAGUUUAGACAUGGUACUUGGAAUCAAGUUUAUGAUAAAUGCCGGCAAUGAUUUUAAACAUGGCCUUAUUAAUGAUUUUUCACUACGACCGUUUUUGUGUGUAUCAGGCUGCAAGCUUUUUGUUUUUUACGUUAUUAAAUUAUAUACAAGAACAAUGGGCAAACACAUAAAACUGAAUUCAUU